UGGACGCGAAGAAGACAGCCGCAGUCUCAAACGCGCGGACGGACCGGUUCACGUGCGGUCGCACAUGAUAGUAAUAUUGUUCUCGUAUACCACGUUCACGGAUGAACGUCUCGGCGUCGUCAAUCGUUAUCGUUUUAAACAGUUUUCCGGGCCACUCGCGGUAAAUUUAUUACCACUGUCGUCAUCGUCCGGGGUUUUCGGUUUACUUGUAAUUUUUUUUAUUGUUUUCGUCAUGAUUUCCGUUCGUGUCUUUCGUGUGCGCAUCGACUUCCGACCGGAAAUGUGAAACGCACAUAAUCGAACGCGAUCGGUGCGUUUCGUACGUCGGUUUCGUCGCUGUCGUCGUCGUCGUAAUUGCAGUGCAUAAUCUACUUACGUAUUUCGUACGGCGAGUACUGAAACGGUUUUAGUUUUUCUUUCUCGUUGUUUUGUUUUGACUCGAACCAUCAAGCUGGAUUUCCAGGCCAAUUCAUCCAACAUGUUCACCAGGUUCGACGCGACCAAGUCGACCAAAGGGGCGAGCAAGCUUCGGAGGGAUCUGAUCAACGCAGAGAUCGCAAACCUCCGAGACCUGUUACCCCUGCCGCCGUCGACGAGGCAACGGUUGUCGCAGUUGCAACUCAUGGCCCUGGUGUGCGUGUACGUCCGGAAAGCCAACUACUUUCAACAAGCAUUCAAACGUCACGAAUGUCUACACCACCAUUGCUUGCCAACGCCUAGUUACGGAUUUUCUAAGUCGCUCAGCGGAUUCUUGAUGAUGAUGACCCAAAACGGCAAGCUCCUAUACAUAUCGGAUAACGCCGCCGAAUACUUGGGCCACUCGAUGGAGGAUCUUCUAAUACACGGCGACAGCGUGUACGACAUGAUCGAUAAACAAGAUCAUCAAGCCGUUCAGACCGAACUGUCCAGGAGUCAAACGUCCGCCGAGGAUCAAGGAUGCAAGCGGAUGUUCUUGUGCCGGAUGAACGUCUCCAGGAAUGCCAGGAGGCAAAUGCGAUUCGGCGAUCAAAAGGUGGUUUUAGUGCAGGGCCACUACCUCUCCUAUCUGCCGCUGUGCAGCAGAAACGAACCAGUUUUCCUAGCCACUUGCAGCCCGGUGGCGAUGCCCGAGACCAGGGAGGCCGUGGUCCAGGGUUCCACCACGGUGUUCACAGCCAUCCACUCAAUGGACAUGAAGUUCAUACACGUAGACAAAAUAGGAGAAUUUCAUUUGGGGUUUUCUCGUUCGGAGCUGCAGGGCGUCUCUUGGUACCAAUUGUUGCACUGGGAGUGCAUGCGCGAGGCUCAGAGUAAACACAGGCUGAUUACACAAUCAGAACAGGAUCGUUCUUGCAUACUGCUGGCCAGGGUACAGAAGAGGGCCACAGGGGACUGGCUUUGGAUACACUGCGUGUUACAGGUCAAAGACAACAUGGAAAACAGCCAACAGCCAGUCAUCGUCAGCACAAAUCAAGUACUUACGGACCAGGAGGCCGCCGUGAUGCGGGCCAACAGUUGGCUGUACCACUAUUACAUGGUGCAGAGUAAACUCCAGUACGGGAUGCAGUUCGAAGCGCAGACGUCACCGCGUGUACCGUCCACCGGGCCGGCGCAGGUGCAGCCGGGCGUGCCCCCGCCGACGGCGGCGCCAGUUUACGCUUACCACCACCAACAGUCGCCGCACCAGCAGGAUGGCGCUUACCCGUCGGCGACGGACCACCAGCACCAUCAACACCACCAACAGCACCAGCAGCAGCAACACCAACAGCAGCAGCACCAACAGCAGCAGCAACAACCGGUGCACUUUCACCAGUUGCCGGACGGAUACUUCCGGUACGCCGCGGCCGCCUCACCGACAGCGGGUGCCGCGGCGACGGCGGCUGCGGCAACGACGACCGGGGUUGCCGCGAAGCGGCACAGGCUGGAACCCGAACCCGUCGACUAUUCCAUACAUUCACCCGAGCAGACACCGCCGUUGAAGAUCGAGGACGGCGGCCACUCGAUGGCGUCCGACUCGACGCCGUCGCCUCCGUCGAUGGGUGGCGGCGGCGACUCCGGCGGUGGAUGUGCCACCGCCACGGUGGCCGCGCUUUCGUCGUCACUGCCUUCGGCCACGUCGUUGGGCCGUUCCCGGGCUCUGGUCAAGGCGGCCAUGGAUCCCGGCGACCUGAUGAUGGAAACGUGGAAUCCCAGCCCACCGUGGUCAGACUGCUGUUCCGGGGCCGGCACCCUGCAAAAGGUGCCGGACGUGGACAUGCUCGGCAGCGGUGGCGGCGGCGGGGGCAGUUACUGCGGACAACCGACACCCCCCACGCCCGGAAGCGGUGGAUCGUACCACGCAUCGUCGGGCGCACCGCAACCACACCACAACCAUCACCACCAUCACCACCCGGGUAGCUGCGACGAAGUGCCCACCGCCGACACGCUUCACCAUCACCAUCAUCACCACCAUCACCAGCCAUCCACGUUCACGUUCGAUUGGCCGGGCGAGCAGUACGUGCCCAACGUGCACGAGGUGCUCGUCGAGCCCACGCCGCACUAUAUAGUGCCGUUCCCGCCGUGGCCGCACGCCGCCGCCGCCGACCACCACAGGCUGUUCCCGCUCCAACCGCCACCGCCCGGAUCUCUGAACAGGCCGUCGCUCAUCGUGCGCGUUGACCAAGACACCGCGGCCGCUGACGCUUCCGUCCAAGACGGACGUCGUGAAAGCGACAUGUGACGAGCGGACUCGAGGACUGCUACAACGAGGGAUCAUCGUCGUCGUCGACCUUGCGGGACCACCGCCACCGCGGCGCAGUGCUAUUUUUUCGUCUCGUCCGCGAAACCAUAAAAACACGAACGUUUUUUUUUUCUCCUCUCGGCAAAACG